AUGACUAGUUCCGACGUGUUCGAUAUCCUACAAGAAACACCUCCAUCCUCGAGAACAAUUAAAGAUGAAGUCGUACGUGAAAAGAAGAAGAAAAAAAUAAUUCGGCGACCAGAAGGUAUGAAACGUGAGGUAUGGGAUUUGAUUGCAACAGAUGAUAGAGAAAGUGUUCCACUCGUACCAACGGACACAAUGCACGGCGGGAAUACGUAUGCAAAUUGGAUGAAACAUUCUUCAAUGAAAGUUCGUUCAUGGCAAUGGAUUUCAUUUAAUAAUCCAAGUCGGACAGAUAAUCUUCAACUUAGUCAUUGGCAACGCACGGCAGAUCAACAUCAAGAAUAUCCAUUUGCUAAAUUUAAUAAACAUGUUGAUAUUCCAUCCUACACAGACAAUGAUUAUGAACAAUAUUUGCAAGUAAAUGAUUGGUCUCGAGACGAAACGGAUUAUUUAUUAGAUAUGUGCAAACAAUUUGAUUUGAGAUUUUUUAUUAUAUGUGAUCGUUGGAAUGAUGCACAAUACAAAGAGCGAUCAGUUGAAGAUAUCAAAGAAAGAUAUUAUAGUAUUUGCAAAAAUCUUGAAUGUGCACGAACUGGUCGUCAUUCUGGACAAUAUAAUUAUGAUGCUGAUCAUGAACGACGACGUAAAGUGCAGUUAAUUAAAUUAUACACACGAACAAGAAAAGAAGAAAACGAUGAAAAUUAUCUUGCACAAGAAUUGAAACGAAUCGAAAGUGAACGAAAAGAGCGUGAACGUAUUAUAUCUCAAGAUGUUCAAAAGUUUGCAACAACGAUGAAUAACCACAAUCAUUUAGAAAUCGAUUCUACAUUGCAAUCUGUACAACCACGGAUCUCACCUAUGGAUACGAGUUCUACAGUAACGUUAUCGGAACGAAAAUCAUCGACUACCACCGAUCUCCGACAUUUAGCUAGUGAAAAAGAUAGAGGAACAUUCUCAACUCAAAACGUUACAACAGCGAGAGGACCAACAACUGAACAUAUUGGUAUUAAAUUUUCAGAAUUUAAACGACCGGGCGUUUUCCUUCAAAGUCAACGGAUGCACUUACCAUCCUCGAUACCAAACAAAAAACUUAUUGUUAUAGAUCAAGUUUUAAGAGAAUGUCAGUUAGAACGUAAUCCAAUGGCUUGUGAAGAGAUAUGUGAAGAAUUCAAUGAUCUUCGUUCCGAUAUUGUUUUAUUAUUUGACCUGAAAAAUGCAUUAAAUUCUGCUGAAUAUGAAUUACAAACAUCUUUACAUCGAUUAAAGAAUAUCAAUGAGAAUGGGCAAUUACACGCGAGUCUCAGUAACAACAGUUUGAUUGAUUCUACAAAAACUCAAUCCAAUAAUCUCACACCACAGUUAUCAUCAUCAAUAACGACCACAGCACAUACAAUCGGUCGUUUAUCUGAUUUAUUUGAAUCAACAAAUUUCGUUCGUGCUAGUGUUUGUAAACGUCGUUCAUUGUCAUUUCAAAAUCCGGUACUGAAAAAACGAGAUAAACAAUCGUAG